CUCAUCUAACCGCUGGUGUCGUGUAGUGAGCAUCGAUUGUAACAUCAGUGGCUUGUAAGAAAUACAAAUACGAUGGAUUUCAACGUGAAGAAAUUAGCUUCAGGUGCCGGACUGUUUUUCACGCGAGCUGUCCAGUUCACAGAGGAGAAGCUGGGCCAGGCAGAGAAGACUGAGUUGGAUGCCCACUUUGAGAGCCUGAUGAGCCGCGCAGACUGCACCAAAAACUGGACUGAUAAAAUUUACAGACAGACUGAGGUCCUGCUGCAGCCCAACCCAAUUGAUCACACUGGUGCCAGAAUCGAGGAAUUUCUUUAUGAGAAGUUGGACAGGAAGGCGCCAUCCAGAAUUACCAACGCAGAGCUGUUGGGUCAAUAUAUGCAGGAUGCAGCAAAGGAAUUUGGUCCAGGCACCCCGUAUGGGAGCACUUUGAUUGAGGUGGGGGAAUGUGAGAGGAGAUUAGGAGCUGCAGAGAGGGAGUUCCUACAGACAUCAGCCAUCAGCUUUCUUACCCCGCUCAGGAACUUUCUGGAAGGAGACUGGAGGACCAUUUCAAAAGAACGCCGCCUUCUGGAGAACCUUCGACUGGACCUGGACGCCUGCAAAACCCGUCUGAAGAAGGCCAAACAGGCUGAGGCUAAAGCUGCAUGCGAGGGUGAAAUGGCUCCAGAUUUUCAAGAGACUAGACCCCGCAACUACGUGCUUUCUGCCAGUGCUUCUGCGCUCUGGAGUGAGGAAGUUGAAAAAGCUGAACAUGAGCUCCGAGUGGCCCAAACUGAGUUUGAUCGCCAAGCAGAGGUUACACGGCUGCUUUUGGAGGGUAUCAGCAGUACACAUGUGAACCAUCUGCGCUGCCUGCAUGAGUUUGUGGAGGCCCAAGCAGCUUACUAUAAGCAGUGUCACUUCCACAUGCAGGAACUACAGAAAGAGCUGGGAAGGCUCCCCAAUGCUUUUGCACUGAACUCAACUCACUCCAAGGUUCCUGCUGGCUCUGCACCAGACGCUGACGGCAGCCCUGUGGAGACGGACACACUCAAGAUUGAGGAAGUUCAGGCACCAGCAACAGGAACCCGCAAGGCCAAAGUCCUUUAUGACUAUGACGCUGCUGACUCGAGCGAGCUCUCCCUGUUAGCUGAUGAGCUCAUCACAGUUUACACAGUGCCGGGAAUGGACUCUGACUGGCUCAUUGGAGAGAGAGGGAACCAGAAAGGAAAAGUGCCUGUCACGUACCUGGAGCUGCUCAGCUAAAAAAAAACACACACCUACACACACAUUUUCACACACACAUGUGCAUGUGCAUGUGCAUGUGUGUGAGUGGGUACUACUAAAAGCCAUGAGGAUUUUCCAUUCACUUCAGUUAUUUCACACCUUUACACUCAGCCGUAACCCUCAGUAGCACUCCUACAGCAACAUGUUAAAUACAGACGUAGACUUUUCCCUGUGUGGAGUAAAUUCACACUGACAGCAGGGAGAAUGGAGACGAUGUUACAGCGGAGACAGGAACAUCCUCACGGGGAAGGUUAACAUUCCUUCAAGAUUUGUUUGGUGAUUUAUAAAGAUGUUUUUUUCUAUUUAUUUCUUAUUUAUUGUCGUGCAUCCAAAAGGCUGAAGUGGAGCUUUACACUGUAGAGAGUUUAGUUGUGAAAAGAUGUGAUGCAAUUCCUACAAAGAUUAAUUCUAAAUUUGGAAAAUAAAGUUCCACUCAGUUUGACAGUCAGUGUUGGGGUUUAGUAAUCAAUGAGAAGAAAGCGUUAUGUUCUUUUUGUCUUCAUUGACUUGAUUUUAUAGUUCAUGCUUUUUUACUGAAAUGCAAAACAUCUUCCUCCUCUCUUUUUUUUUUUUUUUUUUUUUUUUUUUCUCCUGGCUCUAAAAUUCCUCUGGAAGAAAACUUUGCUGCACUGAGUUAAGAUAUGUUUGGUGGUUUUUUCUUCAUUGAGCAGAUGGGCAUAUAAAACAAACCUUCAACACCCUGCUUCCCUAUUUAAGCACUGAUGACGGGUCAAUCCUCCUCUGAAUAAUCAGUGUAGACACACUGCUCACAUUUUACAGACGUGGGUGUACAAAACUGCUGAUUCUGACAUAAAAGUUGUUUUGCCCUUCAUGCCUCUGUGUUUAAAAUGCAUAAAGGAAAGCAAAAGAUGUUACUACUUCCUGUUUUAGGUGCAGAAAUGUGCUCUGCUCCUCUUUUUUUUUUCAUCCGGUAUGAUACAAACAGAAACUAAUUUCUGUGUUUCAUUUUUUUUUAAUCCUCAACCAAAGCAAUUCAGAUAUAAUAGCUUACAGUUAAGAGAAAUAAUAACAAAUAUAAAACAGCAAAUAAAGAUUUUCUUGGGUGCUUUAUCAUUCUUAACUCUUGAGAAGCAGAUUUGCCUUAACUGCUCUCUAAAAUGAAUGUAAUUCUUUAAUUAUUUAAUACAAAAGUAGAGUUUGUUGGUGGUAGUAGGGAUCAAUAUGACUAACAGUUCUGAUUUAUCUGUUUAUCCACUUGUUCUGAUUUAAUUUUUUAUCCUUAUUAUUAUUAUUAUUGAUUUAUUUCUCUGUAUUUUUUUGUCUUGCCUCUUCUUUCAACUUUGGAGUCAUAGGACUGGAUGAGAAAAUAAAUGUGGAAUUACAAAGAAAACUGCAGAAAAGAACAAAUGAAUGUGGAAAUAAAGAAUCAAAUAUAAUAGAAACAUUUUGUCAUAGAUAUUUGAAUUUCCUGUCCAUAUCCACUUACUGUGAUGUCAUAAUUGGCAGUACAGUGGUGCAGCGGUUAUUGUCACCUCAUAGCAGGUGCUUCAGUCCCCAGUCAGACAGGGCCUUUCGGUGUGGAGUCCGCACCAGCUCCUCCUUAACAGUGUUAAUUUCGUCAACAAAAACUAUGACUAAAAAUGUUCGUCGACAGCCUUUUUUCCAUGACAAAAACUAGACUAACAAAUUGAUCUGUGAUGACUAAA